GGGAUAAAAAAAAGACAGAGAGAGAGAGAGAAACAGCAGAGUAAUACAGUGAGGUGAUUUCAGGAAAAGAAGGCAGGAUACGUGACAGUAUGAAGGUGAAUAAUACAGAGAAAAAAGGGAGCAAAAGUGGGUUGGGAGAGGAGGAGGGGUUGCGCUGAAGUGAGCGAGAGGGAGGAGAGGAAGGGAGGCAGGCUAAAUCCUCACACCAUUAUUAUCAGGACUCACAUGCAGCCCCUCCUGUGAUGGAGUGAGAGGAGAUAGAAAGAGAUAAAGAAAAGAUGGAGUUAAAGAGGAAAUGGUAAGCAGGAUUACUGGUGUGACAGCACCGGCAGAUGAGCGGCAGGCAGCGCAACGGUGAGGGAGAGAGAGAGAAACUCUGGUGGGGGGAGAGAGAAAAAAAAACAAGAAGAGAGAAAACAAAUCAGUGCAACAGGAUGAGGACCUGCUAGUGCACAGCCGGCCCGACCCCGCAGACCUGCCAUCUGUCCCGCUGUUCUCUCCGUGUUCCCGACGCUCCCACCAUCAACAAACAUCUGGAUCACAUCGCAUCCAUAUGGAAAAGAGGGCGAGGGGGGUCAGAAAACCCAAAUCUUCUCCUGGAUCCGAGAUGGCACAUCAUCGCUGAGGAGUGGGGGGGAAGGUGGGAGAUCCCUUCACUGCGGAGUAUCAUCACCUCAGAGGGGGCUGAAAACUGGACCAAGAGGAAGGGCAAAAACUUUUGCACCAAACAUGCAGGAGGCUUCCUCAUCCGCCCGUGAGAUUUUCUAACUUCCCAUGGAUCUGUUGCGUCUCUUGCCCCCGAGCAGGGAGAGAGAAAAGGAGACAGAGGAGGUGGAGAGGGGGAGAAAGGGAUGAGACGGCGGGGAAGCGUCACCGCCGCCGCUGCUGAAGUGUUACCGGCGUUUGUGCUCCUCCGCUGAAGAGGCAUUUUAUCACUCUUCCUCCUCCACCCCCUCCACGCCACCCCUGUUCGCUCCUCUCCUCAUCCGACCAGCGGGGAGCCUGAAGGAUACAGACAGGGAGCUAAACACAGUGGGUCUAUGCACAUAUGCACACAUAAAAAAAACCCCACACACACAAACACUGGCUGGCGGUUCGUCUAGGGGCUCCCGCACCUCUCGUCUUCUGUCACCCUCCCUCUUUCUUUCCUCCUUCCUCUCCAAUUUUGAUGUCCUGUCUUCACCUUCAUGACCACUUGUAAAUGCACUCGCUGACAAAAAGAGAGAAGCGAGAGAAGAAGAAGAAGAAGAAGGGGGGGUGGGUGAAGAAAAGAGUUUUUUUUGGGGGGGUGAGGGGGGAGAAACAAGGAGAUCACAUACGCUCGCUGUCACGUUGUGAAGUCCUCCAGGGGAGUGUGCAGACAUCCAAAAAGCUGCCAAACACACUAACGCACACAUACGCUGAUAACUCGCUCUCACACAGAGACUCGGUCUAAAUGCGUACUCCUACAGGUGCUGAGAGGGGAGAGAGGCAGGUGAAAACCGGGUGAAAAAGAGAAAAAGAAAUAUAUAGAAAGAGACGUUUGGGAGAAGGAUGGAGCAGCAGGAGUUGAAGUUGGAUGACGGCAGAAAGCACAGGCAGUAGGCUGCCAACAUGGCCAUUCCCAGGGGACAUCCUCCUCCCUCUCCAUGGCCUCCUCUCCUCCUCUUCCUCCUCCUCCUCCUCAUCUCGUCCCCGCUCCCCCUGCAGGCCCGUCCACUCCUCCUCCACCCGUCCAUCAACGUGGCGGUGGUGUUCAGCGGCUCUAGCUACCAGAAUGAGGUCAGAGGUCGUCUCAGUGGGGAAAACUUUGUCGACCUGCCCGUGGUGGUCAGCCCUGUGACCGUGCUGGUUAACGACACCAACCCACGCGACCUUCUGACACACCUCUGCGAUACCAUGGCAACAGAGAGACUGCAUGGCGUGGUGUUCGAGGAUGAUGUGGGCUCGGGUGCCGGGGCGCAGGUGGCAGAGGUGGCACAGAUCCUGGACUUCCUCUCCACUCAGACAGCUCUGCCGAUUGUGGGCAUCAGUGGCGGCUCUGCAGUUGUCAUACCAUACAAGGCCGAGGGAUCCUCCUUCUUGCAGAUGGGAGCGUCUCUGGAGCAGCAGGUUGUCUGCAUGUUCAAGCUCAUGGAGGAGUACGACUGGGGCGAGUUUGCGGUGAUCACCAGCUUGCUGCCGGGUUACGACACCUUUGUGGAUAUAGUUCAGUCCUACAAGGAGACCUCCUAUUUCCUGUGGAAUAUACAGGAUGUUUUGUCUCUGGAAAUGUCUGUUGGGGCCAAUGACGCGAGGACUAAACGCAUGCUGCAGCAGGUGGACUCUCAGGUCCUGCUGGUGUACUGCUCCCAUGAGGAGGCGCAGUACUUAUUUCGUCAGGCAACCGAGGUGGGUCUGCUGGGGCCAGGCUACAUCUGGAUCCUCCCCAGUCUGGCCGUGGGCAACCCCGAAAGUCCUCCGCCUGACAGCUUCCCUGUCGGUGUUAUUGGAGUGAUUACAGACCAGUGGAGGAAGAGCUUGCGGCAGAGGGUGAGAGAGGGUGUCGCCAUCAUAGCGAAAGGUGCCGAGAGCUUCAAGAAGCAGUACGGUUUUAUUCCUGAUGGACAUGGUGACUGCAACAAACCGGCUAAACAGUCAGACAACAAUACUCUGUUCAGGCACAUGCUGAAUGUGACGUGGGAAAGGAAAGAUCUUUCAUUCAACAACCAAGGUUUCCUCUCCAACCCUUCCAUGGUCAUCGUUGCUCUGGAUCGGGAAAGACUCUGGGACAAGGUGGGAACAUAUGCUCGAGGGAUCCUUCAGGUCCGCUACCCGGUCUGGCCUCGAUAUGGCAGCUUCCUGGAGCAAGUGUCUGAUGACCGUCACCUGACCGUAGCCACGCUGGAGGAGCGUCCCUUUGUCAUAGUUGAGAACGUGGACCCGGGCACUGGCACGUGUGUUCGCAACACGGUGCCCUGCAGGCGCCAGUCCAACCGCACAGAAAGUAUUAUCGGCCACUCUGAGUCCUACACCAAACUGUGCUGUAAGGGCUUCUGCAUAGACAUCCUGAAGAAACUGUCCCGCACCAUCAAGUUCUCAUACGACCUCUACUUGGUCACCAACGGAAAACACGGCAAGCUGGUCCGUGGGACUUGGAACGGCAUGAUUGGGGAGGUUGUGUACAGACGAGCUGACAUGGCCAUCGGCUCUCUCACCAUCAACGAGGAGCGUUCGGAAAUCAUCGACUUCUCCGUGCCGUUUGUUGAGACGGGCAUCAGCGUCAUGGUCGCCCGCAGCAACGGGACAGUUUCCCCAUCCGCCUUCCUCGAGCCCUACAGUCCAGCAGUUUGGGUCAUGAUGUUUGUCAUGUGCCUGACCGUGGUGGCGGUGACGGUUUUUGUGUUCGAAUACUUCAGUCCAGUCGGCUACAACCGCAGCCUGGUCAGCGCCAAAUCUCCCGGUGGUCCGACGUUCACCAUCGGGAAGUCAGUGUGGCUGUUGUGGGGCAUCGUCUUCAACAACUCGGUCCCCAUUGAAAACCCUAAAGGAACAACCAGUAAGAUCAUGGUGCUGGUGUGGGCCUUCUUUGCUGUCAUCUUCCUGGCUUCAUACACUGCCAACCUGGCUGCCUUCAUGAUCCAGGAACAGUAUAUCGACACAGUGUCUGGGCUCUCUGACAAGAAGUUCCAGAAACCACAUGAGCAUUACCCUCCUUUUCGCUUCGGGACCGUCCCAAAUGGGAGCACGGAGAGGAACAUCCGAAGCAACUACCCCGACAUGCACACGCACAUGAUGAAAUACAACCAGAAGGGGGUGGAAGAAGCUCUAGAAAGCCUCAAAACCGGGAAGCUGGACGCCUUCAUCUAUGACGCUGCUGUUUUGAACUACAUGGCCGGGAAGGAUGAGGGCUGCAAGCUGGUGACCAUCGGCAGUGGGAAAGUGUUUGCCACCACGGGAUACGGCAUCGCUCUGCAGAAGGACUCCCGCUGGAAACGGCAUAUUGACCUGGCGCUGCUGCAGUUCCUCGGAGACGGAGACACCCAGCGCUUGGAGACGGUGUGGUUGUCGGGCAUCUGCCAGAACGAGAAGAAUGAAGUGAUGAGCAGCAAGCUGGACAUCGACAACAUGGCGGGCGUCUUCUACAUGCUGCUAGUGGCCAUGGGCCUCAGUCUGCUGGUCUUUGCCUGGGAACACCUGCUUUACUGGAAACUACGACACUCCCUCCGCAAGUCUCACAAACUUGACUUCCUGUUGGCCAUCAGCAGGGCUAUUUACAGUUGUUUCAAUGGAGUGGAGGAUCCUGGCCGUUCAUCUGGUUUGGCCAAACCUGACCUGACGUCCAACUACGCUCAAGCAAACAUGCUAAAGAUGCUUCGCACUGCCAAAGACCUUGUUUCCACUGCCAAUGUUGAGACCUCUCUGGACAACGCCACCAAAACCAUUGAGCAGUUGAGUCGUCAUGGCGGCAGCUUGCCCAUUCGGGUUCCACAAGUCGCCACAGAGACCGUACCGGGAGGAUUCGCUUAUAUUACGGAGAAUCAUUGCCCACUUCCCCAGCGCUCCAUAACUCCACCUUUGACUGCCGUUACCUCUCUGAAACACCACAGGGGUGUGACAAGGCCCACGCCACUGCGUUACACUCUUCCCACUCACUCUUCGUCAUGUCUGUAUGACCGGCCACUUCCUGUGUCCAGCCUCAGUAGCCCACACCUCGCUGUGGGUGAGCCCCUCCCUCAUCAGCACCCACACCACUACCAGACAACUGGGAGACUCUACGUAGACACCCAUCCUCAUUCGCCCUUCAUCCCCUACGCUGAUCUUCAACUACCUGACAUCUACGCCUCUCACCCGAUCACUUCGCCUCAAAGCCAGCACAUCCCAGCAGGCUUUUCUCGACGGAAACGGAGGUCCAAGAGUUUCCAGUGUGAGGACGGGGAUGUAGAGAGGAGAAAACACAGGGAUAAGGAAAAGAGCGACAAAGGUCCUGUCUGUCUGAGUGAGCUCAAGGCCAACCACCUCCAAGAGAACCACAUCUCCGCCCCCAGCGUUGACAGCCUCUACGCAGGGGAGGUGAUGUGUCCUCGGGUAGAGAACUACAGUUCCUGGCCCCCAGAGGACCUCAUGUUGAGAGGGAGACGCAGGCACCGCCGCCCCUCUUUCCUCAAAGCGACAUGGGGCAGCGAGCAGAUGCGCCAGCUUGAAGAAUCCCAGUCAUCCCUCUCCAGCCAAUCACCCUCCACCCUGCCAGACCUGUUCCCAUGCAUUCUUACACCGACCACACCCGCAAAAGCCUGCAACCCUGCCCACCUUCGAAACAACCUGUGCCUCCCACGGAACCAGACCUACCUCCACAUAAGGGAGGACCAAAGGAGGCCCAAUGGGCGUAAGGGCCAGAGGCUGCGCUACUCCCACUCCGCUCACCUCCCCACGUACGGAGAAGCAGUGCGACAUGGAACUGGGUUAGGGCGGGGGGUGGUGCGGAGAGCCACGAGCUUGCUCAGCAGACAGUACACCCACUACCUGAACUCGUACCCUGGACUACCGCUCUACCAUGGCCCCCUAGACCUGCAGCACCACAGCCAGGCCUCCAGCAGCCACCCAAGCCCCAGCCCAGUGUGCCAGCUGCUGGCUUGCGGUGGCGGGAGAUGUGGAAGCCAGCGGGCUUUGCUAUACCAGGACAGUGUGUAUGGGGCCUACGGGGUGUAUCAGGGAUCCCAGACUGGUUCAGAGGCCCAAGCAGGACAGGGAGUUGGGGGUCCACCUGUAGGGAGCCCCUGUGUACUUCGUCCCUGGCGACGGGUGUCGAGUUUGGAGUCUGAGGUGUGAUGGGAAGCCAAAAGGACCUCACAAGACGGAUACUGUGGAGUAACAGACGACAGGACUGCUAAGUUAUGACUUGAAGUAAUUGUGGAUUUUCUAUGUGACUUUGUGUGGUAAAGAAUAGAAGUUUGGGUCAAAUUUAACAGAUGUUUAGGACUUACAGUAUUUGAUGUACACUAAGAUAAGAAGACUGCACUGUUACCAAUUUAUCCUCGAGAAGGCUGUGGAAAGAUGGCGUUGGCAGGUUUUGCUCACUUGCUACUUUCCUACGACAACGCUUGUGUGUUUUCUGUGCUUUAAUGUGCACUAAGAGUCCACGGUGUUGGCGCAUGGUUAAACUAUAACCAGAGUUUUCAUGCUGUGUGUGUGUGUGUUGUGUAUAUUUUAUCGUGGAUGGUUGGGAUUCAGUCUUGGGUGUCGUCGAGUAGAUGAGCCGUUUACAGCUUGGGGGACAAAUAGUUGAGGAAUCUCUUAAAUACAGCCACCAAAAACAAGCAGACACUGUAGCAAGACAACUGCGAAGUACACGUGAAGAGUUUAAUUCCAAAAUGAGGCAUAAAAUAUUCAAACAUUUUGACUCCAGACGCAGUUUUCUAGGAUGAAAUAAUAAUUUUGAGACAUCUGUUAAUGAAUUUCAGGUAACUUCUUUAAAGAUUUAUAAUGCUUUGGAGCUAAACCCUUCAAGUCUUCAUUUAGUGAUGAGUCAGCGGAAGCAGAGACUUUAUGAAAGCAGUCCAUAUGAACACAAUCUGAUGAAAUGAUGAACGUAUCGGGACAGCACUGACCAGCACUUGGUGUCUUAAACCAUGGGUUCUUGUUCCUCACUGGGUCUCAGUAUGAGGCUACAGUACAGCACAACACCACACAGGGCCUCACGAUUAAUAAAUCCUGCAUCUAAAUACUAUAUCGAUAUAGAGAAAAUGUGUUCUUUGAGGCUGGUUUAGUGUCAUAUUCAUGUAUUCUACAUAUGAUAGGAAUUUAUAGUCACUCUUAAAAAUUUUCUAAUCACACUUCUGGCACAUUUUUCUUUUUGUAAAGUUGUUGCUGAUUUACUGGAAUAUUUGUUAUUACUGUAUUAACUCUUAUCAGUUUGGCCUAUAUUAAGAUUUUCGUCACUUUCUCUUUUCCACUCUUUUAUAUUCCCUCAUCAUCCCCCUUUUCCCCCUCCCCCACCUAUCUCCCCUCUCUAACUGUUAAAUGAUCAAAUUUAAAUGAGGUAAUUGAAAGCUAUUCUAGUAUCUAUAUUACCUGGCUCCCUCACCCUGUAAUUAAUCACUUAGACCAAUUAAAGAGCC